CCCAUAACAAAUCUAACAAAGUCCUUUGGAUCAGAAGGUUUCCAUUCUUUCUUUUGCCCGGGAAUUACCACUGGUUUGUCCUGAACACACAUUAUAAAACGCACAUUUAGUCUACGUGAGGUAAGACGAUAUUUAAAGGCUGCCUAUUAAAAUGCCAAAUGUUCGAUAUUAAAGGCUUCCGAAAUGCCUAUAAUAAAUAAAUAAGGGUAAAAAAACACCCACUGGGUUGCUCAUAAGUUUUUCUAUCUUCCUUCGUUGCACAUCAUGCUGAGUUUGUGGUAUAUAAACGUCUUUUUUAACAUUUUUAGAAUUUUUAUCUUCUUUUUCGUCCGCCAUCUUGGAAAAAGCCUAAUGGUACACGCCACUGACCUAAAAGUACCGCCAGACGCGGUUAGUGUCCAGGCUUUCAAGAUAUUCGCGCGCCAUCAACACACGUGAUCGGUAAAUGGUUGAAAUUUGUGGAUUUCAUUUGUGGAUGGAAAAUGGAAAGCAAGGUUAUGGCAGCUAUAGGAGGCUGUGCGGUCCUCGCUGGGGUAGCUUAUAUACUGCAAGGAGGGAAGAAAACUGCAGAUGAUAGGAAUGGUCAUUUAGGUAUAAAUAUUGUCUUUAUUUUGUGGGGUUUUGUAGUUCAGUUUUGACCAUAUUUGUCACGUGAAACUUGCUUGUUUGAAACAAGUCUUUGCAUUAGGGGAGGGGGGGGGGCAGUGGUUUGCGACCAACAUUACGAAAGUCACAGAACUGUGGAAUCGCAUAAAAAAUUUGUAUCGUUGAAAAUUCCACAAACGUCUAUGACUGCUGACCGCACCAACCAGUUCUUGGUAACAAUUAGAAUUGGAUGCUGAUUGGCUGUUUAAAAUUAGAAUUGUAAACAUGCAAAAAUAUGUAGGUGCGGUCGUAGACGUUUGUUGGAGUGGCGGCAAUACAAAUUUUUUAUGUGAUUCCACAGUUCGGUGACUUUUGUAAUAUUUGUUAACAGGAAUUCCCGCAUUAAAUGACUAAUAGCAUCAUAGGUCUCCUGAAAAGGUAGGGUUGCAUAUUAUUUUCCCAAGGUUGGCAAGAAAAUACCGAUCUAACACUGUAUACAAAAACUAAAUGAUGAAAAAAUUGUAGUUAUUCUAAAUUAAACAUUGAAAUUUAUUUUAAAAACUCAUGAUGCAACUCAUCAAAGAUGUUGUCUGCCGCGGCUGGGUCUUGAACCUGCGACAGCCGCGGCAGACAACAUCUUUCUGCUUAUUAAUGCGCUGGGUAUGGAAAUUAUAUAAUACACACUCUAGAACAUUUUUGUCUUAACAUAUUACAGAGUGUACAAUUACACAAUUCAUGUUUGGCAUGAAUCUCAAUGUAUAAUAUUUGUUAUUUAUGUAGGUGUUCCAGGUCUGAUGAACCUUGGGAAUACAUGUUAUCUCAACUCUGUUCUACAGGUAUGUUGUUCAAGAUUUGAAGGUUGUAUUUUGAUUUGCAUGUUUAGCUCAUUAUAAUGUGGCUUCAUGACUCGAUCCCUAACAUCUAGUGAUUAACCGAUUGUGCAGCAAUUGGAAAUUACUGAUUACCGAUUAUUCAUGCCACAAUCUACCAGAUGCCGGUACCAAUUUUAUAAUCAUGACGUCUUUAAAUAUCAGUUGACCGAGUAAAGGUGACAUCAUUCAUUUCAAUUUUUUAACAAUUUUCAACAUAACCUGUUACUGCAACCAAAGAUUGUUAAAACCGUCAUAAAUGGCACACUUCACAUUAAUUUAACAUAUUGUAUUAAAACAGAAAUUUCCUCAUUGUUUUGACAGGCUCUUGCUUCAGUAUCUGCAUUUGUGUCUUGGAUCAAAAUGUGUAGCGACGAAAACAAGAAUCAACAAAAAAUUGGAAAAUUGACAUCUGAACUUUCUAAGUUUAUGCAAAGUAAGUUACUUUUUAUCACUGGCAGCGGCAAUAACAAGGCAGCUGUACAUUGAAAUACAACUACCUGAAAAUUAAUUGGACCUUUCACCUUUUGACUAAAAUUUAGGUCUCAACAAGUCUAGACAAAAAUUUUAUCUUUAGGCUAUAUUAUCCAUAUUUUCGCAACGAAACUUUGGAAUAUUACUAAUUUUGUGAUGCUCUUUCAAGCUGUGAUGAAAUUUUUGUCUAGACUUAUUGAGAUCUAAAUUUCAGUCAAAAGGUGAAAGGUCCAUUAAUAGAGACCUCUCAACUUUGCAGAGAAGUUAAGAGUGAGAUUGGGGAUGUGGAUGACACCUUUGUAAAAGUCCUGGGUUCUGAAAUUUCGUAGCUACAUUUCGUAGCUACAUUAUGAGAGUUGGUGUUUUUUACUCUCAUUGCUUCAUAACUUCCUUUAAGGCAAGGCACUCUAGCUACAAUAACUGUAUUUCUGUGACAUACAAUAAUGAGCUUUAAUUUGCCUUUGAUAAUUUACAUAUAGAAUUCUGCUCCGACUGAUUCUGCCUUUUGUUCGUCGUAUUUACAUAUGCGUACUAUUUUGUAUCCAAAUUGCGGGCAAAAGCCAAAAUGUUGGGCCGUUUAUGCAGGAACAAUAACAAGCGAUUAUAUAUUCGAUGCGCGAUCCGUAUAAUGAUUAAUAAUGUGCAUUUAAGAAUACAAUAUAUUUAUUUAUUGAAAAAAUACUAUGAAACUGCUAUAUUCAUGUAGUGUAUUAGGAAUUCAUUAUUUAUAAUUUAUGUAAAUCAGUUGAUAUAUAAAGUGUAGGCACAAGUGAAUAAAGUAUUACAACAUUACUACAUUGGCGACGAGGAUGGCUGAAAGCGUGUUGCCUCCUCCUACGAAGUUUAAUAUCGAAGCCACAGAUGCAUACAUAGAAAGGAAAGCUUGGAUAGAGUCUUAAUAUCUAUGCUGUGGCGGUCGAGCUCGAAAAAAAGUCGGAUGGUGUCCAAACAGCCAGUAUGGAAUGUAAGUGUUGUGCACCGGACAUGUCCGGUGCACAGCACCCUUUAUUGGUGUACAAUCUGGUGCACAAAAUUUUACAAUAGUAAUCUGUGGUGCACAUCUGGUGCACACAUAACAAGUUAAAUAAGGGUGGUGCACUGGUGCAUAAUUCAGGAUUCUCAUUUAAUUUCCUUAAAUAGAUUUAACAGCAAAACUUAGUAAAACCUAUUUCUGGAAAGUACCUGGAAUGCAUAGACCUGAGUGGGGUAGGCUUUGCUGCUUUGGACAUAUAUUAAAGAUCCCAGAAAAAAUGUAAAUUUCGAUUUUAUAAUGUUGUUUUCUCACUUUUCUUACCACCAGAAUUGUGUAAAAUCUUCUGCCAAAGUCCAGGAAAUGGCAUUUCAGAGACUUUAAAUUUAAAAAAUUUCCCGGGAGUGCAUCCCCAGUAUUUUGCGCCUUCGGAGCUCGUCUCAUGCCUUCGGCAAUCGGCACAAAAUUUCAGGGAAGUGAAAAAUUCAUUGGUGCACAAAUCUUUGGUCGGUUAGACGAACCAAUGGUGCACACAAAAAAUGAUCAACUUCCUUGUCCGGUGCGCAAAAAAGUUACAUUCCAUACUGGCCAAACAGCGACAAUGCUGCAUUGCCUAGGGCCGGCGGUGCAAAGAAUCUUUAGAACAUUGCCCGGCAAGAAAGAAAGUUUUAAAGAGGCAGUUGAAGCUCUUGAAGGCUAUUUCGCGCCGAGAACAAACGUCGUUGCUGAAAGACACAAGUUUCGCAGUCGAAAACAAAAUGCUGAUGAGACAAUCGAUGCGUAUCUAACGUCGUUAAGGGAAUUGAUAAAAACGUGCGAAUUCGGGGCGCUCGAAGACGAAAUGCUAAGGGAUCAAAUCGUAGAAAAAUGCUAUUCAAAACAACUAAGAGAAAGACUCUUAGCUCACGAAGAACUAGACCUAGCUAAGACCCUCAGAAUAGCAAGAAGUAGCGAAAGCGCCAUAAAAGAAGCACGACUCCUUUCUGGUCAUGAAACAAAAGACAACAUCAUUAACAUUGACCGGCUGAAUAACCCUGACAAGCGAAAUAGGAAUUACAAUAGUGAAAAUUCCAAGUGCUAUAGGUGUGGCGGCGUGGGCCACAAGCCAGCAGAUUGUCGAGCCAUAAGUAUGAAAUGUAAUAACUGUCAAAGGUUAGGACAUUUUGCUCGCGUAUGUUGCUCGAAGGGUGUAUCUCGAAAGCCGUAUCUCGAAAGCCGUAUGAAUCUCAAAAGACUUCGAGUAAAAAGACGAAAGCGCAUAGAAACGUCCGUGCAAUUCGACGCAAAGAUUCAGAUAGUAAUAAUUCGUGUACUGAAAGCGAAUCAGAAGACGAACAGAUUCUGUUCGUGA